AUUACCAUUGGACGUAUCCGUCCUUCCGUCAAUACUCGGGUCCUUGUAGGAAUCCAUGCAUGAGGGGCCGGACUGGACAAAAAUAAGACAUCUCGCCCCCGAAGGUCGGGAGGCGUAAUGACUCAGGCGGUCAUCAAAGUACUAAGCACAAGAACUUCCCCGGGAGGCCGUUUUAUGGCUUUUUUGGCAGUUGUCACUGUGGCCCAUUCCCUUCAGGGAGGGCUUGGCUGGGCAGUGCGUCCGCGACAUCUCUCGACAGAGUCUUGGCGGGUCUGGGGGCUCGCACUCGCACCAGCCAGAGAUCUGCGGCUGGUCCUUUUUUGCCCUCCCCCCUCUCUCAGGUCAGGGAACCACUCCGGUUUCCCCCCAUCCCGUCCGGCAUGCAUACCCGUGACUCCCCACACACCGCGAGUCGCCCUGACUGAUACCCUGCCAACUAAGAACUCGUUUCGCCACCCAGGAUCACAACAUCGUUCCGGGUCAGCGGCCCUCCCCCCCCACCUCAUUCUCACUGGUGUCAUGUACUUCCUGUCACUACACAGCCCUUACCUACAAAUACCUCACUUGACGAACUUCUCUUGAGCCCCUGAGUUUUCAUAACGGAUAGUGCAAAAGUCUAUUUGCAGAAGUUUUGUCAGGUCGGGACCACUAUAAGUGCUUGAUGAUAUUCCUGAUGGUGAGCGAUUAUCUCCAUCCACUAUGACCAUCUUUAUUAUCCGCAGUAUCAUGUCUCGUGCUUCAACACUGCAUCCCCUCUCUACAAUUGGUUUUAUGUGAUCAUAUUCUACGCCGCUUUGAUUUUUAGAGGGAGUUGGAGACCGACGCUUGCUUGCGCUACUGGAUGUGUAAUGGGUCGGAUGUAAGUACUACUUCCUAUCUGCCUUGGGCAGCUCCCUGCUGUAGGCCACAGUUCGAGUUGAAUGGUUCAAUCAUUUUCUACCGGCC